AUGGAUUUCGAACACUCUGAUUAAUUUACAUAGAGAGUUGAAUAAAUAAUUAGAAAUGUAAGAUUUUAUAGUUAACAUGAAGUUCUUACAUAUUCCAAAAGAAGGCAAUUCUAAUUGGAAAGAACUUUGUUAAAAAUUAGAAUAAUUGUAAACUCAAUUAGUGGAAGCAUAAUUGUAUAAAAUAAUUAAAUAUAAAAAGGAGCAUCCUUUAAUAUUUAAAAUAAAGUUUAGAAGGUAUUCGAGAAGAAUUAUAAUGUGACUUAGAGGGAAUUGAAAUUUAAAGCUUAUAAAAAAAUAUAACAAUUAAAUAAAGUCAUGAAAUAAAUAAUGAAGAUGUUAAAAUAUUUGAAUAAUUAAAUAAAAUUGGAUAGAAUGUUUGUGAAAUAGAAAAAGGUUUAGAGAAUAAAAUUGAUUUGCUUAAUAUUAAGGUAGAGAAGAUUAAAAUAAAUAGAGAUGAAUUACAUGAAUAAUUUAAAUCAUUUGAUGGUAAAUAGAAAUUAUUUAAUUAAAGCUCGAAUGGAAUCUUAAUGGCAAGGUUUAGCUAAUGUUUCUGAUCAAUUUUGGGAAUUUAAAAAGUAAUUUGAAUAGUUUAUGAUGGGAAUAAGUAGAAAAAAAAAUUCUCUUUUUUUGGCAUCUUGA